AUGGCUCGCUACACCCCAUGUCAGCAAUGUGCCCAACGGCUGUUGCAAGACUUUCUCCGAUACAAGAAGAUCCGCCUGCAUUUAGCCCAGCGUCGACGAGCUCGUCAGACCAAACAGCAAAUUAACAACUUUGUUACAGAAUCCACUCUCUCCGAGUCAUCAUCUGAGUCACCUACUACUACCAGUACUACUGAUUCCACCUCACAGGUAUCCAAAUCUGACAAGUCCUCAAGCUCCUACUUCUCGGAUACCUCAGAAUGCACUACCUUCUCAGAUCACGAGUCCACUGACAGUGAUGCAGAUGCUGAUUCUGAAUUUUCAGAAGACAGUUCUGUGUCGAGUUUUGACUCGGACGAGGAAACUGACGGGGAACCAGUCACCACACACCAUCAGGGACAAGUAGCACACCACGUACGACACACCCUACAAGAUAUCUUUGCACGUCGUUAUGAUGCAGACAUAUCAGCGGUGAAACAAGAAUCGCCGUCCGAAUCGGUGCAUGAAUCGCCAAGUUUGACUUCCUCUAUUGUAUUUGAACGAGAACCAACUUCUGCUCAUGAACCCGCUUGUGCCCUCAAGUGGAAGGAAUCAUCACUCUUCAUGAUUCACCACAAUACUACUGAGAAGUUCAUUGAGAUGGUAGAUGCCAUACAGAGCAAGGGUGAUUAUAUGGUUUGCCAGAUCUGA